AUGGCACUCUACGAGCCGCCAGGAGACGAGGACGGGUGCCGUGGGGCCUCGUCGCCCUCGGCAUCGAAUUCCAGUUCUGACCAUCUUUCGCGACUUUUGGACGGUCCCCUGGAGGCAGCAGAGGCCGCGGCGGAGGCUGCGCGGCUGCGACCUACGGAGGACAGUGAAGAGGAGGAGGUGACAAACGACGGAGCGCGCCGGCGGUUCCGCAAUCUCUCUGAGGAACACAUCGCCAUCUUAAGUAGCCUCAAUCAAAACCAACUCCUGAAAGUUGUGGAUCAAAUUUGCGAACGACAGCAUCCACUUGAUGCCGUCCUCGACGCGGUUGCCGCCGAUGUGGCAGCCACUGUGCGCAAGGUUGCGGAGCAACAACGACAAGCCGAUGCCGACGCCUCGCUGGACGCCGACCAAGCUGCGGCGCUCGCCGCCUCGAACUCCAUGAACAAAAACAGCACCGACCCGUCGUCGUCUUCCGAUUACUUCUUGCACAUCGCCAGAUUCGUGCCGCUUCGGCUUACAUUCGAAGAGCGCGUCUUUCUGCGCCUGCUGGAAAGCACUCUGGAGGUCUCAGAGUACACGGACAAAAUCGACAUUCUAUGCGGUGGAAGCAAGGCACGCCGCAUGGCGAGAGAAAUUCGACAAGUCUGCGCCAUCCUCUCCGGCCUCGCCCUCGCUCACAACUACGAAGAGGGACAGCGACUCGUCCGGGACCACGACUUUGUCUCGAAUCGCGCCUUCUUCCAGACUGUGUUUGAGAUCGGUCGCCGGUACAAGAUCUUGAAUCCGGAGAGAAUGCGGAGUGCGUACGGGAAACUGAUUUACCUCCUCAUGGACGCCAAGAAACCGGAGGUUCUGCAGCUGCUCCAGUUCGACUGCGUGACUCCAGAGAUCAUGCCGGAGGGAAAGAGUCGCGCACAGAUUCAGCGAGAGAUCAAGGAGAAACAGAACGCGAUCAAGACGCUCGCGAGGAAGUACGCGGGCCGAGAUGUCCCAAAACACUCCCCAGGAUUCUUCGGGCUCCGCCUCUCUUUCUUCCGAUCGGACAGCGGCGGCGACGAGGGACCGCGCACAGACGCAGGAGACGAGCGCAGCGAUCUCCUCACUCCCGACGAAAUCGAGCAGUGUCUCUAUUCUCUCGGAGACCACAACACGUACUUGCGCUUCAACCGGGAACCGUGCGACCGCAUGAUUGGCUUUCUCCGACAGUACUUUGACCCCUCGGAACCCGAAGAAGGAUACUCGCUCGCCAUCUCUUCAGGCACUGGCGGCGCGCGUCUGACGCACUCUCACAGCCGGCAGUACGUCUACGUUCUCCAGUCCCUCACCUUGUGGCGAGAGGUUUGCAGCGAGAUGUUCGUCCUGUGGCAGAUGGCCGAGGCGGACAUGCUCCACAGCGGCAACUGCUACCGCCUCAGAGACACAGGCCAAGGCCUCAACCGCGUCCAGGACUGCCCGCGCGUGAGCAACGCGAUGCAUGCAAUUCUCGAACGCGUCCAGCGCUUCACGACGUCGUGGGUGGGGUCUUCUGUCGUCCAUUUGGGAGACCACAACGUGCCGAAUGCGCUCAUGUUCAUCGACAAAUACACUCAGGUGCCUCGAAUCCUCGGGCCGUUGGUUCUCUGUUUGGAGAAAUUGCCGGAAGUUUACGAGUCGAAACAGGCCAUGCGCAACUACUUCGACAACCAGUUCGGCGGGCUCCACGCGCUGCGGAAACAGAUUUUGUGCGACUUCUUCCGGCACGCCUUCGACGGCAGUGGAGGUGACAACUUCUUCGACGCCGGCAGCUGUAUCGACGGCCGCCUCACCUCGGCGUGGAACUGGUGUUCGACGAUUGAAAAGAAACGUUUUUUCCCUGCAUUCCUUCUCACCGGUUUCCAGGGUUUCGAUGGCAAAUUCUGA